AUGGUGGCGGUAACCAGCCAGUCCGUCGUUGGCCGUGCCAAUGCGGAAAAAGCCCACGGUCUCGUGGGUAUGCUGAAGAACCCCUAUGUCUUCAUGACUUGUUGCUUUGCUUCCCUAGGAUGUAUUAUGUACGGUUACGAUCAAGGUGUGAUGAGUCCUGUGCUGGUCAUGGAGAACUUUGAAAACCACUUCCCUGAGUUCAUGGGAUCUACCACUCAAGGUUGGCUGGUCUCAGCUCUGGAGCUGGGUGCAUGGCUCGGUGCUUUGAUCAACGGUGUCCUCGCAGAUCGCAUCUCUCGAAAAUACGCUAUGAAAGUUGCUGUCAUCAUCUUCACUCUCGGUACUAGUCUGCAGUCCGGUGCUCAGACCCCCGCCUACUUGUUCGCCGGUCGUGUCAUCGGUGGUAUCGGUAUCGGAAUGUUCAGUAUGGUUAUUCCCCUUUACCAGGCCGAGAUCGCUCCCCCAGAGCUCCGUGGAUCUCUCGUCUCCCUUCAGCAAUUAUCUAUCACCAUCGGUACUGCCAUUGCCUUCUGGCUUGACUACGGCAUGCAGUAUGUUGGCGGUGUCCACUGCAAUCCCGAAGGCAUCGACAACCCAUUCCUUGCCGAUGGAACCUACAACGCUGCCGCGAACCACGGACACACCUGCUUGGGUCAAAAAACUAUUGCAUGGCGUCUGCCCCUGGCCCUGCAGAUCAUCCCUGCUUGGGUCCUGUUCUUCGGCAUGUUCUUCCUCCCCUUCUCUCCUCGUUGGUUGAUGAUGAAGCACCGUGAAGAAGAAGCAAUUGCUUCUCUUUCUAAGCUGCGCCGUCUCUCUCCAAAUGACCCUCUUCUCCGGGCUGAGUUCCUUGAGAUCAAGGCUGCUGUCAUGUUCGACGAAGAGACCGAACGCGAGGCCGUCGGCUCUGGCGGCCGCUUGGCCCCAUGGAAGUCCCUCUUUGCACCCAACAUGCUCAAGCGUCUGGGUCUUGGAUGCUUCAUGAUGAUCUUCCAGCAGUUCACUGGUAUUAACGCCAUUCUGUACUAUGCUCCUCAAAUCUUUGCUAGUUUCGGAUUCUCAUCUACUACCCAAACUCUUCUGGCUACUGGUGUGACCGGUAUUUUGCAGAUCAUCUUCACCCUGCCUGCUGUGCUCUACCUCGACAAAUUCGGACGUAAGACUUUCCUGAUUACCGGUGCUAUUGGCAUGUUCUGUUGUCACAUUGUUGUUGCCGCCGUUGAGGGUACAUACGAGAACUACUGGGACCUUAAUGAGGGAUUGUACAAAGCACAGGGCUGGGUCGCCAUUGCUUUCAUCUGGCUCUUUGCCAUCAACUUUGCUUACUCUUGGGGUCCCGUCACAUGGGUUCUGGCCCAGGAGAUCUUCCCCAACAGCCAGCGCUCGCGCGGUGUCGCCAUCGUCGCCUCUACCAACUGGAUGUUCAACUUCGUCAUCGGACUGACCACCAAGGACAUGCUGAAGUCCAUGAAGUACGGAACCUACAUUUUCUUUGCAAUCUUCAGUGCUGGUGGUGGUAUCUUUGUCUGGUAUUUCGCCCCAGAGACCAAGGACAAGACCUUAGAGGAGCUGGAUGUCUUCUUCGGUGGCAGUGAGAGUGGUAUUGCUGAGGCCGAUCGUCUCCGCAUGCAGAGAAUCAAUGAGGAGCUUGGUCUGGCUGGUGUGGAGAAUGUUGGGGACCUGAAGACAGCUCUUGUCCAUGAGCCCAUUGGCGAGCAUCAUGAGGUCAUUGACUCCGAAAAGAACUGA